UGAAGGUCUAGGGUGACCAAUAUAAAUACUAGGAAGUAAUACCAAUAAGCAGUAUUGAUUUACUCGUUAUUGGUUUUAGACAAAGUUUCCAAAGAAAAACGAAAAAUGUUUGUGAAAGUUGCAGUAAUGGCUGUAGCAUGUGCUAUGUGCUCCGCAGGAUACAUUGACAUUUCUCCAUAUCAUGAAGCUAAUUCUUAUGGUAAAUUAGUAAGAUCUCCAAUUUAUGAAACACCAUACUACGGAGGCGAGUACGAUGGUAAUGGUGAUGGCUAUGGCUAUGAAAAAGAUUACGAUCACCAUGCUUAUCCAAAAUAUGAAUUUGCUUACGGAGUCAAUGAUCCCCACACUGGUGACCACAAAUCGCAACAUGAGGAACGAGAUGGCGAUGUAGUAAAAGGAUACUACACUGUUGCUGAUCCCGAUGGUACCCUUCGUACUGUGCAUUACACCGCUGACGACCACAAUGGCUUUAACGCAAUUGUAGAAAAAGAUGGACAUUCGAUACAUCCCCAACCUGUAGUGGAAAAAGUAUAUGUAGAGCCAGUAGUUGAAAAGGUAGUACUAGAACCUGUAUAUGAGAAAGCUAUCUAUGAGAAACCUAUCUAUGAAAAACCAUUCUACGGGUACGAAAAUGGUCCAAUUGGUGAUAAAUACGGUUUUGGCUAUUAAUAA